UUCAGCCUGUUCGUUCUUAGCACUGCUGGCUGGGGUACAAAUACUUUGGGCAACCAGCAGUGCAGUUCACCUUAACCAGCAUUCUGCUUUCCGUUGCCCGUUCUCAGGUGAAAAGGUUUGUUUUGUAGGCUGUGGACUAUUGUCUUUCACACAGAAAAGAAAAACAAAAAGGAUUCUUAGACUGUUCAAGGUCUGCAUGUGCUGACUUCUGAUGUCAAGGACUAGACUGGAAUCAUGGUUAUUCUACAACAGGGGGACUAUGUUUGGCUGGACCUCAAGACUGGCCGGGAGUUUGAUGUUCCUGUUGGUGCUGUGGUCAAACUGUGUGACUCCGGUCAGAUCCAGGUGCUGGAUGAUGAAGGCAGUGAGCACUGGAUCUCACCUCAGAAUGCCACCAACAUCAAGCCAAUGCACCCCACCUCUAUCCAUGGGGUGGAAGACAUGAUCCGACUGGGAGACCUGAACGAGGCCGGGAUCCUGCGCAACCUCCUCAUUCGCUACAGGGAACAUCUUAUAUAUACUAAUUGUGGAGGGAGGACCUACACAGGUUCCAUCUUAGUGGCUGUGAACCCCUACCAGCUGCUGCCUAUCUACACACCAGACCAGAUUCGCCUGUACACCAAUAAAAAGAUUGGGGAGAUGCCACCUCACAUCUUUGCCAUUGCAGACAACUGCUACUUCAACAUGCAACGCAACAACAAGGACCAGUGCUGCAUCAUCAGUGGGGAGUCAGGAGCUGGGAAGACAGAGAGCACCAAACUUAUCCUGCAGUUUCUGGCAGCAAUCAGUGGACAACACUCCUGGAUAGAGCAACAGGUCCUGGAGGCUAACCCUAUUCUGGAAGCCUUUGGAAAUGCCAAGACCAUUCGUAAUGACAACUCCAGCCGCUUUGGAAAGUACAUUGACAUUCAUUUCAACAAGAGAGGAGCCAUUGAAGGAGCCAAGAUUGAGCAGUAUCUGCUAGAGAAGUCCAGAGUCUGCAGACAGGCCCGGGAUGAGAGAAACUAUCACAUCUUUUACUGCAUGCUGAAAGGAAUGACACCGGAACAAAAGAAGAAGCUGGGGUUAGGCAAAGCCACGGAUUACUCCUACCUCACCAUGGGAAGUUGCACAGUGUGUGAUGGCCGUGAUGACACUAAAGAGUACUCGAAUAUUCGCUCUGCAAUGAAGGUCCUUAUGUUCACCGACACAGAGAACUGGGAGAUUUCCAAGCUGAUGGCUGCCAUCUUGCACAUGGGGAACCUACGCUAUGAAGCUCGGAUGUACGAUAACCUGGAUGCCUGUGUCGUGGUGCGAUCUUCUAAUCUAACGACUGCAGCGGCUCUGCUGGAGGUGGAUCCUCAGGAUGUGAUGAACUGCCUCACCAGCCGGACUCUGAUCACCAGGGGGGAGACCGUCUCCACACCCCUCAGCAUUGAGCAGGCUCUCGAUGUCAGGGACGCUUUUGUAAAGGGAAUCUAUGGACGGCUGUUUGUUUGGAUAGUAGAAAAGAUCAAUGCUGCCAUUUACAAACCCCCCUCCAGUGAACCAAAAACAGUGAGACGAUCCAUUGGCUUGCUGGAUAUCUUUGGGUUUGAGAACUUCACUGUCAACAGCUUUGAACAGCUGUGUAUCAACUUUGCCAACGAGAACCUGCAGCAGUUCUUUGUGAGGCACGUUUUCAAGCUGGAGCAGGAGGAGUACAACCUGGAGAACAUCAACUGGCAGCACAUCGAGUUCACCGACAACCAGGACGCCCUGGACAUGAUCGCCAUCAAGCCCUUGAACAUCAUCUCACUCAUCGACGAGGAGAGCAAAUUCCCAAAGGGUACUGACACGACCAUGCUCUACAAAUUGAACUCCCAACAUAAGCUGAACACCAACUACAUUCCCCCAAAGAACUCUUACGAAACCCAGUUUGGAAUCACCCACUUUGCUGGAGUAGUCUACUACGAGACCAGAGGAUUUCUGGAGAAGAACAGGGACACCCUCCACGGAGACAUUAUUCAGCUAGUCCAUUCCUCCAAGAACAAGUUCAUCAAGCAGAUAUUUCAGGCUGAUGUUGCCAUGUUUCUGUGUGGCUACAGGGCCGGUGUGUUGGGUCAGCCCUCAACGCCUCCUCAGAAGGGUGCAGAGACCAGGAAGCGCUCCCCGACUCUCAGCAGCCAGUUUAAACGCUCACUCGAGCUGCUGAUGAGAACCCUGAGUGUGUGUCAGCCCUUCUUCGUACGCUGCAUCAAACCCAAUGAGUUCAAGAAGCCCAUGCUGUUUGACCGGGAGCUGUGUGUGCGUCAGCUGAGGUAUUCCGGGAUGAUGGAGACCAUCCGGAUCCGCCGAGCGGGCUACCCCAUCCGGUACACCUUUGUGGAGUUUGUAGACCGCUACCGCGUCCUCAUGCCAGGCGUCAAACCGGCAUACAAGCAGGAGGAUCUGAGAGGGACAUGCCAGCGAAUAGCAGAAGCUGUUUUGGGGAGAGAUGAUGACUGGCAAAUUGGAAAGACAAAGAUUUUCCUCAAGGACCACCAUGACAUGCUGCUGGAGAUCGAGAGGGACAAGGCCAUCACCGACAAGGUCAUCCUCAUCCAGAAGGUCGUGCGCGGCUUUAAAGACAGGUCCAAUUUCCUCAAGAUCAGAAAGUCUGCGAUGCUGAUACAGAAACACUGGAGGGGCUAUAACUGUCGAAAGAACUACAGCGCUAUGCGGAUCGGCUUUGCGCGGCUACAGGCACUCUACCGGUCCCGCAAGCUCUACAAGACUUACCACGUGGCGAGGAAGCGGAUCAUUGAGUUCCAGGCGCAGUGCCGGGGCUGCCUGGUCCGGCGGGCUUUCCGACACCGGCUGUGGGCAGUCAUCACCAUCCAGGCCUACUCCAGGGGCAUGAUCUCCCGCAGGCUGUACAAGCGGCUCAAGGGGCAGUACCGGCGCCGCCUGGAGGCUGAGAAGAUGCGUCUGGCCGAGGAGGAGAAGCUGAGGAACCAGAUGAGCGCCAAGAAGGCAAAAGUGGAGGCAGAUAAGAAACACCAGGAGCGCCUAGCCCAGCUGGCCCGUGAGGAUGCAGAGAGGGAGAAGAAGGAGCGGGAGGAGGCUCGGCGGAAGAAGAAUCUCCUGGAGCAGAUGGAAAAGGCGCGGCAGGAACCCGUAAACGACUCUGACAUGGUCGACAAAAUGUUUGGCUUUCUCGGUACCACUAACUCCUUCCCCGGCCAGGAGGGACAAGCACCGUCUGGGUUUGAGGAUCUGGAGCAUGCUCAGAAGGAGAUGGAGGAGGAGGACCUUGAUGAUUCCUUGCCGCUGCCUGAGGAGGAAGAGGAGGACCUCUCCGAGUAUAAGUUUGCCAAGUUCGCGGCCACCUAUUUCCAGGGCACCACGACGCACACAUACGUCCGGCGCCCGCUGAAGCAGCCUCUGCUCUACCACGAGGACGAAGGAGAUCAACUGGCAGCCCUGGCUGUGUGGAUCACGAUUUUGCGCUUCAUGGGUGAUCUCCCUGAACCCAAGUACCACACAGCCAUGAGCGAUGGCAGUGAGAAGAUCCCAGUCAUGACCAAGAUCUACGAGACCCUGGGAAAGAGGACCUACAAGCGGGAACUCCAGGCCCUGCAGGUGGAGGGAGAGAAUGCUCACAUUGACAGCCACAAGAAGAACAGCGUGCGGCACAAACUUGUAUCCCUCACUCUCAAGAAGAAAUCAAAGUUAACUGAGGAGGUUGCAAAAAGACUGAAUGAUGGCGAGCAGACCCUGCAAGGCAACAGCAUGCUUGAGGACAGGCCCACCUCCAACCUGGAGAAGCUGCAUUUCAUCAUCGGCAAUGGCAUCCUCAGGCCUGCCUUGAGGGACGAGAUCUACUGUCAGAUCUCAAAGCAGCUGACCCAGAAUCCAUCGAAAAGCAGCCAUGCUCGAGGCUGGAUCCUCGUAUCUCUCUGUGUUGGCUGCUUCGCUCCCUCAGAGAAGUUUGUUAAGUAUUUAAGAAACUUCAUCAUCGGUGGCCCCCCAGGCUAUGCCCCAUAUUGUGAGGAGAGGCUGAGGAGGACGUUUGUCAAUGGCACACGGACACAACCCCCCAGCUGGCUGGAACUGCAGGCCACGAAGUCAAAGAAGCCCAUCAUGCUGCCCGUGACGUUCAUGGACGGCACGACUAAGACUUUGCUGACAGACUCAGCGACGACAGCAAAGGAGCUCUGCAACUCCCUGGCAGACAAGAUCAGCCUCAAAGACAGAUUCGGCUUCUCCCUCUACAUUGCCUUAUUUGACAAGGUGUCCUCCCUGGGAAGCGGGAAUGACCACGUGAUGGAUGCUGUGUCUCAGUGUGAGCAGUACGCCAAAGAGCAGGGCGCGCAGGAGCGCAACGCCCCCUGGAGGCUGUUCUUCCGCAAGGAGAUCUUCACGCCCUGGCACAACCCCAGUGAGGAUAACGUGGCCAACAACCUCAUCUACCAGCAGAUCGUCAGGGGGGUCAAGUUUGGGGAGUACCGCUGUGAUAAGGAAGAAGACCUUGCUGAGCUGGCCUCCCAGCAAUACUACGUAGACUAUGGCUCUGAGGUGCUUCUGGAGCGCUUGCUGAGUUUAAUCCCUUCUUACAUCCCGGACAGAGAGAUCAGCUCGUUGAAAACUGUGGAGAAGUGGGCUCAGUUCAUCAUGGCAGCUCACAAAAAGGGAGUUUACACCCAGAAGAGGAUGGACCCCCAGAAAGUGAAAGAGGAAGUGGUGGAUUUUGCUCGAUUCAAGUGGCCUUUGCUUUUUUCUCGGUUUUAUGAAGCCUUUAAGUUUUCAGGACCCAGUCUGCCUAAGAACGAUGUCAUUGUAGCUGUGAACUGGACUGGAGUUUAUUUCGUCGAUGAGCAAGAACAAGUUCUUCUGGAGCUUUCCUUCCCAGAAAUCACUGCUGUCUCCAGUAGCAGAGGAGGCAAGUUGCAGGGGCAGAGUUUCACGCUGGCCACCAUUAAAGGGGAUGAAUACACCUUCACCUCCAACAACGCAGAUGACAUCCGGGACCUCGUCGUCACCUUCCUCGAGGGGCUGAGGAGCAGGUCGAAGUUUGUGGUCGCUCUGCAAGACAAUCCAAACCCUGCUGGAGACGAGUCUUCGUUCCUGAGUUUUGCGAAGGGAGACCUCAUAAUGCUGGACCAGGAUUGCGGGGAGCAGGUGAUGAAUUCAGGCUGGGCUCAUGGCAUCAAUGACAGGACCAAACAGAAGGGGGACUUCCCUGCAGACUGUGUCUACGUGCUGCCUACAGCCACCAAACCCCCUCUGGAGAUUGUGGCCUUGGUGACGAUGACCCCUGACCAGAGGCAAGACGCUAUCAGGACCUCCCAGCUGACACUGGUGGAGAGCAAUGAGAAAGUGAAGCCAUACACUCUGGAAGAGUUCUCCUACGAUUACUUCAGGCCGCCUCCCAAACACACGCUGAGCCGCGUGAUGAUCACAAAGAGCCGGGGGAAGGACAAGUUGUGGUGCUGCACCCGGGAGCCUAUCAAACAGCCCCUGCUCAAGAAAGUGUUGAGUCAUGAGGAUCUGUCUCAGGAGGCCUGCUUGGCGUUCAUUGCCAUGAUGAAGUAUAUGGGUGACUAUCCAUCCAAACGCACACGUUCCGUGAACGAGCUGACAGACCAAAUAUUUGAAGUUGCCUUGAAAUCAGAGCCUCUCAAAGACGAGAUCUUCUGCCAGAUACUCAAGCAGCUCACUGAAAACCAUGUCAAGUACAGUGAAGAGAAAGGCUGGGAGUUGCUAUGGUUGUGUACAGGCCUCUUCCCUCCUAGCAACAUGCUUCUACCCCACAUCCAGAGGUUUCUACAGUCCAAGAAACACCAUCCACUGGCUGUGGACUGUAUGCAGAGACUGCAGAAAGCUCUCCGCAAUGGAUCCAGGAAGUACCCUCCUCACUUGGUAGAAGUUGAAGCCAUUCAGCACAAAACCACACAGAUCUUCCACAAAGUCUAUUUCCCAGACGACUCAGAUGAGGCUUUUGAAGUGGAGUCGAGCACAAAAGCAAAGGACUUCUGUCAGAACAUAUCUAACAGGCUGCUGCUUAAAUCUUCAGAGGGCUUCAGCUUAUUUGUAAAGAUUUCUGACAAGGUGAUCAGUGUUCCAGAGGGGGACUUCUUCUUUGACUUUGUGAGGCAUCUCACAGACUGGAUCAAGAAAGCCAGACCAGCAAAGGAUGGUAUAGUGCCUUCUUUAACAUAUCAGGUGUUCUUUAUGAAGAAGCUCUGGACGAGCACUGUCCCAGGAAAGGAUUCCAUGGCAGACUCCAUAUUCCACUACUAUCAGGAGCUGCCCAAGUACCUGCGUGGUUACCACAAGUGCUCCAGGGAAGAGGUGUUCCAGCUCGGCGCUCUGAUUUACCGUGUGAAGUUCGAGGACGACAAGUCACACUUUCCCAGCAUUACCAAGAUCCUGAAGGAGCUGGUCCCCCAGGACUUGAUUCGCCAGCUCUCUCCCGACGACUGGAAACGGUCCAUUGUGGCCUACUUCAACAAGCAAGCUGGAAAAUCAAGGGAGGAGGCCAAGCUGGUGUUUUUAAAAAUUAUCUUCAAGUGGCCUACAUUUGGAUCCGCCUUCUUUGAAGUUAAGCAAACUACUGAGCCAAAUUUUCCAGAGAUCCUGCUUAUAGCAAUAAACAAGCAUGGAGUCAGCUUGAUAGACCCAAAGACCAAGGACAUACUGACAACCCACCCGUUCACAAAGAUCUCAAACUGGAGCAGCGGCAACACCUACUUCCACAUCACCAUCGGAAACCUGGUGCGAGGGAGCAAGCUUCUCUGUGAAACGUCACUGGGGUACAAGAUGGACGACCUGUUGACUUCAUACAUCAGCCAGAUGCUGACCACCAUGAGCAAGCAGCGCAGCACCAAGGGCAGCAGCAAGUGAACUGAGCGUGAUUACUGGCGCCAAGCUUUUGAGCUUAUACAGCUCCUCCGGCCGCUGGGCAACCCUUGCAGCUGGGCCAACACCUUCUCCACCCAGGUGUGGAGGAUGAGCCGGAGCCCCUCGCAGAGCUCCACCGACACAGACCCUGACGAGCACAGCCCCACCUCUCCAUCCAGUGAGGACGACUACCUGUGACAGCACAACCACAGGCAGAGGAAUGGUAUUCUCCCCUGUAUGGUCUGUUGGGCCUAACUAGGCCUAGGUGAGCAAUAGAAUGCCCAGGCCUGGCUCUAGAUAAGCUCCACUAGGCCCUGAGUCUGUGCCAGGCUUUCUUUGUUUUUACUGUUCAGCAUUUUUCAGACUGAAGAGUGAGACCUUCUAGCUCACAACUCAUAUUUUAUGUUCUUUAUUUGUCCUUUUUAUUUUUUAAAAGGAAGUCAUGUAAAAAGUUGCAGGACUAUGGAUUUAAAGCUAUUUACGUGCUACAGGAGAAAUUGCAGCAUGAGAAAAUGACGUGAAUGGAAAAGGAGGAAUUAAAUACGCAGUGACCUCAGAGUUUUUUUUGCAGAGCUUCAGAGAACUUGUUUAAGACCCUGUUUGAGGUCUAUUUAACAGUAGAAAUAACUGAGAAUUGGAGAUAGAUAAGAAUCAGUAUUAAAAUGAUAUCUGCAAGGUUAUAAUAUUUUAGCAAUUUAUUAUUGUUUUUUGUUAGCUAUGGUGUGCUUUAUUAUUCAUUUCCCCUCCAGUUUAGAGGGUCUCAGUGGCUGUCUUUAUAAUUCCAAUAAUUUAUAUAAAAAAUUUUUAAAAAAAUACAAAGAGCAAGCUAUUCUGAAAAGGAUAACAAAGCACAAAAUACAUUAUUAUAAAUACCCCUUAUUUUACAUUGGAUUGAAUCAAUUUUUUGGGGGGAAAACCACAUUGCACUCACUCUUUCCACUGUGUCUGAUUUCUCUUGGUUUUACCUCUGUCACAAAAAGCCUUAGAAGCCAGGUUGCACUCAGAACAGAAUGAGGGAAAUGGCCCACCUUGCUCCCAUUGAAAAUGUCUUUGUCAGAACACAGGCCUUGCAUCAGAUUUGACAUUGUACUUCUUCAAACUGAUUAAAUAACAUACACCCCAAUGCCACCUGCUGGACUUGCAAACUACAACAGCUCACCGAGAUAAAGUUCUGGAUUCUCUGUUAAAUAACCAUCAUGCCAGAACACCCCCUUUUGAAAAAGAACAAAAAACAUGAGUUGGAUUUAACAGGUUUUAGAAAGUGUAUAUUUCGCAUCCCAUUUUAGCACAAUCCAAAGAGAAACUUGGAUCUGUGAAUGUUGUAUUCUGUGACAUGCCAGCACAAGACCAUUGACCCACUGGGAUUAAAAUGACCCCUAGAGUUCUUUUUUUUAUGCUCAUUGGAAGUAGGAGGUGAGUGGACUAGAAUGAUGAACAUGCAGGAUUGCUGUAACAGUUAGUGGUAAAUUUCAUGUAUCGGUAUGUUAUUUAUCUGAAUAGAUUUUUACAAAUGUUGUUUAAUAUAAUAUACACAUUGAAAAGUUGUUCAUAGUAACGUUGUUUGUUUUAAUAAGAGAAAUGAUAUAUCUACUGAACACUCUGGAUUAUCUUGUAAAGAAAGCUGCUGUUUUUAAAAUGUUAAAUUCCAAAGCACACACAGUGAAAGAAGAUGAAAAGUAGGAUGAUGGUAGUUUAUGGAUCCAUUCUUGGUAGUUAUAUGUAUGAAUCAUGUAAUGAUAAUAUAUGUUAUUAUUACUAUUUGUUUAUUUAGCAGACCCCUUUAUCCAAGACGAUUUACAGAGGCUAGGGUACGUGAACUAUGCAUCAGCUGCAGAGUCACUUUCAACAGCAUCUCACCCGAAAGACAGAGCACAAGGAGGUUAAGUGACUUGCUCAGGGUCACACAGUGAGGCUGUGGCUGAGCUGGGAUUUUAACCGGGGACCUCCUGGUUAUAAUAAAAAAUUAUUUCAUUUUUUGUAUUGUAAUUCGUUAUUAUUUAUAAUCCCUUAGUCCCAAUAUUUUUUUUAUAACUAAAAUAAACAAAACAUUAUCUUAAACUGCUAUUUUAAAAUACACAAGUCAUUUUAUAUAUUAAACACACCAUCUUAAGGGCAUAUAACCACUUAUAAUGGAUCAAUAAACCAAACUGUUACCAAUUUUAUUUAACAAAAAAAAACAGAUUUGUAAAUAGCAUGGCAAAAG